AGGAAAUCAAGCCCCCCCCCCCCACACACACACUUAGCUUAUUACUGAAGAGUCCCUGCAUGGAUACAGUAUAUCAUCGGUUCACAAAUGACAGUCACACUGAGAUCACAUGACUACUUAGCGUGCCCACCUACAGGCUACAAUCACGAGCAACCCGAUAUACGUUGGUGAGAAGCGGAACUUGCAAUGUAAACACAUAGAUCGCGGUCAAGACACAACAUGGCUCAUGCAAGAUUUGUAUUUUUGUUUUUUGCUUUCCUCAGCGUAUAUUCGAUUACGGUAAUUAUAUUCUUGUUUGUUAAAUUGUUCUGUGUAAUUUCUUCAUAGAGUCUACAAGUGUAAGACUAUACAUGAAUGCAGUGACAAACUUUAUAAUAUGCACAUUAGCAAAGUGAUAUUUAUUCAAAGUCAAGUUUAUUUUCAAUUCCAGCCACUACAGCAACUUUAACUUAAUUAGAAAGACUGAACUGUCAUGAACUGUAAAAUGCAAUUAUAGGAACUCGAUUAAUUAACAAUUAUACCAUGUCUAUGACUAUGAGCUCGACUGAGUCGUAUAUGAGCUGAUAUGCAUGCUUUUAAACUCUUGUGCACUUUGUAUAUCUAGUUGGAGAGUAUACUAAAACAAUUAAACAACUUCAUGAAUCAUGGUUGUAAUUAUUUGGUAGCCGAUUAGACAGAUUUAGAUCGAGGACGCGGAUGUCAAAGAUGAUAUGAAAAUGGCAUCAAAAUGGCGUGGCAUAUCCAUACAUGGGCACAACACGCCAUUUUCACGUCGUCUUUGACGUCUUCGAUCUAAAUCUGUCUAUUAUGAGGGAUACCGGAGAAUCACUUUUCGCUCUACGGAAAAUUAGGACGCGAUGGGCAAGCACAAUGAAUUAUUUUGUUAGGUUCAUUAUAUUUUCUAGUUUUUUUGCUGAACUUACUGAAGGGGCUGUAUCUGGGUUAUAUGUCCCGUUGUCCGCUAGCCCGGUUAUACCGGGGCUGACUCGUUUCAGGAAAAUAUUUCCUUUGCGAUCGGAGAAAAUUUUGACUUAAAGACAAGUUUACAACUAACCUAAACAGAAUAUCAACUUUAUUUAGGAAAGUCUUGAAGCUGCUGUGCAUGGAAGACAUUAAUAUUUUUCACUCAUCGUAUAAAACACUAACUCGGCGUAAACUCGCUGCGAAUUAUAUACUUGCACGCGUGCAUGAUGCAUCGAUCUGAAAUGCAUGACAAUGCUUGGCAGUCAGUCAUUCUAAACAAGUAUUAAUACUCUCAACAAGUUUUUGAGUUGAAGCUUUUGCAUUGCGAUGUAUGGAAAUUAAAGCGGCUUUAGCUAGCCCUUUAUAGGUCUUUAUAGAUAAAUAAUGGUCAGAUAGUGCGUAGCCUAUCGAAGGGAAGAUAGCUAUGAAACUCGUUAAGGCCCAUACAUACAGACCGAACGAACUGUGAUUCCGAAUUAAUAUUUGAAAAACAUAGAAAAAUAUUAAAGUUAAAUGUCAUUGAAAAUUGAAAAUUCACGUCGCGUUGCCAAACGCGUCCGGUCUCUGUAUGACACGGUACUAAAAUGUGGUGCCCUACAAAUAAAACUUCCGGCGUUUCCACCUACUGCCUACAAGUAAAAUUAUAUUUAGUACGCUACAUUUUCCUGUCGACCGCCACGCAUACCAGUUGGUUAGUCUUCCACGCAGCCGCUCUUUGUGUCACCAGUUGGUCCGUACGUUAGGAUUAAAACUGCGCUUUAAAACCUUCAAAAUAAAAUAUGUUGUGCCAAUCAAAAUACUGUCAAAAUGAAGAGAAAAGUGAGACCAAAAACGAGGAAACCAACGAUACCAAAGUUAUCAAGGAUCAAGCGUACGACAUUUUUAAUUAGUUUGGUAAUUUUUAACGAUUGGUCAACAAUAGAAUUUCGCUUGACUUUCACUAGGCGGAAUUUUGCGCGCGGAGCGGAAUUUUUCUUUGUCUUGUGAUUUCUCGGGUGGAACUAAUUAGAAAAGACAGAGAGAAAUUCCGCUCCACGCGGAAAAUUCCGCCUAGCGGAAAACGGCCCUUAAAUCGCCAGAGUACUGUUGUUUUGUAAUACAUUUGACAUCCGUAAGUACAAUUUCUUUCGCUGAAUUGAAAAGUAGUAUUUUUGUCCUUAUUUUAAUGGGCGCGUAAACGCCAACCGCGUACCCAUGGUUCUCUUUGUGCUGGCCGCGAGAACCCUGGGUACGAGGUUGCAAAAGGCCCGGUCACACUACACAACGAUAACGAUACGAUAACUUGUAUACGCGCGCUGAUUGGUCAAAAAUAUAUGGCUAUCGUCCGGACUGAAAAAAAAUCGCUCGGCCUCGGGCGAACGAUUUUAAAAUCGUUAAGUGUUAUUUUUCACAUUAAAAAGGUUGGCCAUACAUUGCGGAGGUUCAUUGGUGUGUUUGACUUUUUGUUGCGCGUUAUAUCUGGUUUUAAGGCCCGGUCACACUACAUAACGAUAACGAAACGAUAACUUGUACACACGCGAUGACUGGAUGAUUAUGUUAGUAUCCACACUACAACGAAAAUGAUAAAAUUAUCGUUUGACGAUAACGAUGGUAUAAACUUCGUAGUAACAAUAUCGAUUUCUCACUGGAAAUGCCAAGAACUAAUAUGAUGAAAAGAGGUAUAAGUUAUUCAGCUGCAAGCUUAUGUAAUCGAUUACCUGGACCUGGGUUUGCGAAAUUAAGUAAUGUUCCACUACAUAGAUUUAAAGCUAUUCUCCGGGACAGUUUAACUUUAGGGGCGGACCAUUUGACUUUUGAGGGGGGUGGGGGGUGGAAGAUUUCGAAAUUUCCUGCAACCCAAGGAGAAAGAAAAAAAAAUCAUGCAGCACACAAUCGAGAAAAAAAAAUAUCAUGCAAAAGGGAGCGCUCAAAAAAAAAUUUUCUACAUGUAACUCUACUGAUGCUCUUCACUUCACUAUUGUGUCCACAAGCUUGCAAGAUUUUGCAUUUUUGAGCAGGCACAUUUGCUUAAAAGAACACGGGGUGAACAGUGGAUAACAUCACAGGGAUUCUACCGCCUUUGGAGGCAAAAUUGUUGCCCCCUGAGAAAAUCUGGGCUUAAGAUAAUUAUGUAGAAGUUUAUAUCUAAUAUGCUUAUAUGUUUAUAUCAAAUAUAUAUCUAAUAUGCAUGGUAGAAAAAGUAUUUUUGGAUGGUUGAGUCUGUGCGUUUUUUGAUAACAUAGCUCCAAACUAUUAAAGCUUCAAAGGCCCAUCUACAGGAUGCAAGUUGAACGUACUGUAUAUACGAUGAUUUUAAUGCGAAAAUGCCAGUUUAGAGAGUCUAGAUUUUAAAAAAAUUCUGAAGAGGAUGCAACCCGAUCCCCAACAAGCUAUCUGUAUGAACGAUUGAAAAGCUACAGAGCUAUAUUUGGUGGAACAUUGUUGUUUCGGAGGGCAGUUAAAAAUUGCAUUAUUGAUAUCUUGUUUUAUUACAUAUUAAUCAAAGCUCAUUUUGUGAUUUUCCCUUGUUUAAAAUAAGGGACAGUAAGUGUUCCUUAGGCUUAGUACAGCAAAGUUGUUGUGGACGAAUCCAUGGCUGAAAACGCAGGAAAUAGCAUUUCCGAGGUUCAAAUUUUAAAAUUUUCUCGGGGGAGCAUGCCCCCGAACCCCCCAAGGUUACAGGUCAUUCAUAUACUGUACCCUCCCCCAUUUUCGAGUACUCUACUCUAUCCCUGCAUGUUUUAGGUUUUGGUGCAGUUAUACAUUCUUUGUAAGUAAACUUGCACGCUUUAGUGUGGGGAACAUUAAGACAUAACCAUAUAAAAUAAAGCACAGUGAAAAUUCCUUGGCCCCUCUUGAGAUUCAGUUCUCGGCCUCCUCUGACUGAAAACCCCUGCUACGUCUCCGAUGAUAGCUAUAUGAAAGCCUAAAGUUACUGUAAGCCGUUAUUAUGAGAGGCAAAAAAAUAUCCUGCCGCCAAAUAUAUUGGGAAAAAAUAUCUUGCGCUGCACUUUUACAGGAAAAAAUAUCUGUCUUGUUCGUCUGGGCGGAAAAAAAUUCUUGCACAGACUGAAUCUUCCCCCCCCCCCCUCAAAAGUCAAAUGGUCCGCCCCUUAGUUAACUUGAUUGUAUGACUUGUAAAUAGUUAGAAAGUGUGUAAUUUUAAUGAUUUGAGUAUUUAGUAUAGUUCUUUUUAGUUAAAUAGUAUAAGAGUGUAAAUAGGUGUGUAAACGGCCCCUUGAAAAGCAACUCCCUACGCAACCUUGUACCCAGGAUCUUGCUCCCUACGUGGGUUGAUUACCGUUUUUUAAAGAUGAUGAAAUAAUAAUAAUAAUAAUAAUAAUAGUAAUAAUAAUAAUAAUCCCUACGUGGGUUGAAGGGUUACCGUUUUUUAAAGAUGAUGAAAUAAUAAUAAUAAUCGUGAGAGUAAGUGGGAAGGAAACUUUCCUUGAAAACGUGAAAGGAUUAUUUUGAGCGACUUGUCAAAGGCCAUAAAUCGCUAGGAUAGAAGUAAUUUUGAAAUCAAUUUUAACUCCAUAAAUACACUUUUUGUACGCUGAUUCGAACAGUGGUAUUUUUAUUCUUGUUUGGCGCCUAAAACCUGAGAGAUAAAGUCCAGCAAACAGUCGGUCCUGAGUGUCCAAGAUUAAUUAAUUUUCCCGCAAAAAUGAAUAAAUUCAGAGCACGUGCAAGGAAUUUUUACUAGGCGAUUAAGGAAACAUAUUGAUCCGAACAAACUAACAAACAAACUAACAAACUAACAAACUCACAGGCAGAAUAUAAAGCGAUGUCAAACUUGGCACGGGCACCGCAAUAACAAUAUAACUCAUUAUCUAUGUUAGUCAACGUUUAUUCAUAAAUCUGCAUGGUCCUUCACCGUCAUAUGCGUAUGGUAUGUUUGCCCAACUAACCAAUAGCAAUGUUUUAGGAAAGUUACCUAACCUUGACUCGAACAAUAGGGUAAAUUGGAAAUUGCUAUUGGUGGAUUGGGCAAAAAUACAAUACACACGUGACGGUGAAGGACCGCAUUUAUGAAUAAACGUUGACUAACAUAGAUAAUGAGUUAUUAUAUAUGUUAUUCUAAUGAGUUUCACAGCCAUCUUCCCUACGACAGGCUAUGGAUAGUGCCAAUAACAUUAGUGAUUUACUCUGAUGUUGAUGUGCGCUUACAAAUCGAUAGCUUAAUUGGCCAAAGGCAAUAGCUGAAUGCGUUUCUUCCACAAGACAGUGUCAAUUAUUGUCGUACUGGUAAUUUUAUUAAGUAUAAUAUUUGCAACCUACUCAAAACAUACUUCAUGUCCACUCUUGUUAAUUUAACUAGGCUCAAAAGACCGUUUGCAAUCAUGAAUCGUAUCCUCCUCCUGCCAAGUAAGAAGUUAAUGGUUUUUUGGGAUAGACUAAUCCGAUUGGAAUGUGACACAAGAAUGAAUCCCCCCCCUCCUCCUCUACACCAGUUGGCAACUUGUCAAUUGCAACACAUUUUCUGAAGGUUAGAUAACCCAGAUUGCACUAUAAAGGUUUUGGCGGCUACCUUAUUUAUAGGCCUACCCCCUUAUUGUCUUGUCUUAAUGUUUUGUCUUUUGUCCUGUCCUGUCUUGUCCUGUCCUAUCUUCACCCAGAAUAGCUUUUAAAUCCAGAAACCCAUGCAUAUACAUUUUUCCAUUCCGUAUCCGCUAAAAUCACAAAUCCCGCACCAUGAUUUCUCUUGAUAGCGUGACGGCCCGUCCACAUAAUACACCACGUGUAAAUACAUGAACAUGCGGCUAAAUUAUCGUUUUUGCACGUAAUCAUUCAGAGAUAAAGUUGAUACCGUGGUAAUUAACCUGGAUCUGGAGCCAGAAGAAAGAUGGCAAGAUAUAACUGUGAAGAAGAAAGCAGAAGUAAAUAUUAGUACAUUUUUCAAUGUGUUAAAGAAGGAUGUUUAUAAACACCGCACAGAAAGAAAAUUCCCUCCUAAUUUAUAAAUGUAUCAGCAUGAGAUCUAAACAAAUGAAUCCUUGAUAAUCACAUCUACAGUAGCACUAUCAGGGUUUUUUUCAGGAUUUUCUCUUGGGUCCGUUUUUGCAGAGAAGAUCGAGUUUAGCUGAAAAGCUGUGGGUCUCCUCCUCUCCUACCGGGAGGCUGAAACCUGUACCCACUUUUAAUAGUGUAGUUGAGAUACAAUGUGUUAAAGCGGGGACACUAAGGGUCACUAUAAACUGGUUAAAGACGGUGAAUGCGUUGUGUUGUGAAAUGAAUUCCAGCCAUUUUUCACUUAAUUUUUGGGUUUUCAACUAAAACCUAAUUUGCACACGUCAUGAAUUUAACUCAACCAACUUCAUUUUACUGCACAGUAUCUUUUGAUGAGAAGAUUGAGUUUCAAAACUCAAUUCAAAAUCCCUGAAAAAAAAACCUGACUAUAAUUAGACCUAUUGGUAUAGUUUGCUUAUAUAAUGCUGCAUGAAAAAUGAGUCACUCAUGCUUGAAAGAAUGACUUAACCUCCAUUGAAUAUAAAAAUACCCAAUUGCAGAAUUAACAUGUUGAUUAACGCCCACACAGGGGCAGAGUAGUCACUGAGUGCUUGGCUGGUGAGGCUAUAAAACGAAUGGUGUGGCUGGCAACUGGCCAGAUCUCAAUUAAGCAAACUACCAUAAGGCAAAAUAGUGCUAGGUGUGACUAUCAGGGAUACGGGAUACCUUAGGUAUACCCAGGGACGUAGCAACCCAAAAGAGGGAGACUGAGACCUGCAGGUGAAUUUUGAACAUUGAAAUUCAAAUUUCAGGUAAAAUCCUCCACCCCCCCCCCCCCGAACUUACAAAAAAAUGUCCCGGUAUAUAUAGACGAAGGAGCUAAUUUGAAAGAACACUGGCCUAAAUAAAAAAAAUUGGCACAAUAUUUGGAAAACCAUUUCUAAAUAAAUCAAGUAUCGAAGAGAAACGAUCUCCAUGUUUUCUAAAGCUACUUUUACCAUAGAUAUCUUAUAUACACUAGAUAGUGCAUCUAAUUAUUUUACAAUUCCGCAAAAAUUGAAGCCGUGAUUGCAGUCGACUCAGGAUAUUCCCAUGAAAUGAGAAGAUUCAUUCUGUUUUCUAUUUCUUAAAGACGGAACUUAAAUAUUAAUUAAGGUAAAUCUAUUCCAAAUACAUUUUUAAACUAUUCAAAUGAUGAAAGUUAUUGUUGUUUUUUAAGCGUUUAUUAGCGAGUGGGAAACACCAACAUGGCCGCCAUCUAUUCAAAUGGGGGUAAGCGCAUUUUACCGCUGGAAUAUUCUUGGCUUCAAUUUUACAAAAAGAGAUGCGCUAUCUAGUGUAUAUAAGAUAUCUAUGACUUUUACACACAACGAUUAAUCGGGCCGAUUUCAGGUUUUGCCGAAUGUUAAUGACGAUUGGUGUCUGUUGCCGGACCAUGUUGUCAGAUGAAGUUGACAGAGUAUUUUCCAAAUAUCAUUUAAUUAAAGCUGAAUCAGACCAAUUAAUCGUUGUGUGUAAACGUACCUUAAGGCUCAUUCAUGCAUAUCAAAUCGAGAAUAUGGCGGAGUUCAGCGUAUAUGCACACCGGAAAGUCGAGUGCGUUCCAGCUUCGCCUGCUUGGCUUUUAUUUCCUCAAUGGUAUACUGGUACUUCUAAUAUGGAUGAAAACUAUUAAAUAGCUUUGUAUUAUGUAAUGUUUUUACUAUACCCAAAACUAGCUAGCAAACAAUUUGAGGAUAGUAUAUAUGUUUGAAAUGAAUGUUUCAUUUCAUAUAUUUCAACUGUCAUAGAUACUUGUUUUGGUGAAAGAAAUUAAGAACUUCACAAGUUUUAUUUUGGAUGGAAAGCUGUUCGAGUAUAUCGACAAAUAUAUGGUAUGUUCUAAUUAUUAAGAUCGUUGAUUAUCCUGCGGUCUUGAAAUUUCUUAGGUAGGACAUAGUUAUGCGAUUUAAUUUCUGUUUCUCGGUUUUAAACGAAUAGCUUUCGCUCGAACUGUCACAGACUUGCUUAUGCUAUUUUCAGGUAGUUAUAGAUAUGGUUAGAUCCUUUAAUAACUAAGCUCGUGAAUAUAUUCACGGCCGGAAUCGUAGGCCUUUCCCAAGAGGGUCUUUGCUAAAGAGGAUGGACGAGAUGAAGGUUUUCAAGAUAGCGGCUAUUUUUCUAGCCUGUGUUACAGACCUUACAAUUAGUAAGGCCGUCUAUGGACCUUGGCACGAUUGCUUGUUCCUGCAUAAAUUAAACCCCCAGUUUGAUUUAUUCAAAUUUGGCAUAAAAUUAUUCGUUCGCAUUAUCGAAAUUUGAGGUAAUUUCAGUGAACUAUUUUGGUAUUUUGCAUCGAUUAUACAUUGUUCUAGUUUUUUAUUGUCCGAACGUUCGAAAUAUACCUAUGUGAUUUUGGAUAUGCAUGGUUUAAUAGUGUACCAUUUAAAACACGAACAGGAGUACUUUUUUCAGAUAUAAAACACUUUGAGCCUUUCUGAUAAAGCACGGACUUGGAGUGUUUUAAAUGGUUUUAAAAACGAUCCAUCAUAUGAGUUCAUUGGCGAUGUACAUAUAAAAAUCAACGUCAUCUAAGCAGAGAAAACCAAAGCUAAAGUUUGCGCAACGUGAUUUUUGAUCACAUAUAAAACCAUGCACCGACACGGUAGUGAUUUCCUUUGUCUUUUUUUUCAUGAAUUAUUGAUAAGUUUUUAGUAAUGUAUAUUGUUGAUUAAUUAAUUACUGAUUUUCAUGAAUACGCCACAUAAUACGCCAGAUAAGCAUAACUAUUAUCCUUUUGAAGUUGGAUUUCUUUUCUGGUACUGCACAUACCCUGAUUGCAACUAAGCAGAGAAGACUCAUGAUACAAGCAAUGAACAAGCGCAUUGCAUGGAUGCCAGUUAUUAUGCUGGCAGGCUUUUUGACUCUCUUUGUAUACGUAUACCGCAAGUACUGUGGUUGUACUGCUUGACGUUAUUGAUAUUUGUUAUGGAAUUUAUAUAGUAUAGUUAACUGUAAAAUACGCAAUUUUUGAUUGGUCAACUUUAACUACCUUAUUACACAACAGCACGCUGGUCUUUCUGUUUCUUGCAGCCGAUGCUUGUACAUUCGUUACCUGAUCCAUAUGGCCGUGAAAUCAAAGGGAUUUCUUCUGCUACUGGUAUUCCACUAGGUAAAAUU